CAUAGAACGCAAGUAUGGACGGCUGCGCAGCCUGAUGACAUCACUACAUUAGCCAGCCAGCUAGCUAGGUGUUGUUCAGGCGGUGGCUGUUCAAUAAUAGCUGGCGUUUCACAUCUUUUGGAGGCCAAAGUCUUCCACUUGACUGUCUGCAAAGGUAUUUAUACCUUAAUCUGCAAUGGACGUUGAUGUGAAGAGGCUAAAAGUGAACGAGUUGAAGGAGGAGCUGCAGAAGAGGGGGUUAGACACCCGCGGCCUGAAGGCGGACCUGGUAGACAGACUGAAGGCUGCUUUAGAGAGCGAAGCAGCAGCACAGGAUGCACAGGAAAUCAUACCUGAUGAUGGAAAGCAAACCGAAGCAGUUGCAGGUGAGGAGGAGCCUGGCUAUGAAGACGUGUCGCACCAGGGACAGCAGGAAGAUAAGGCAGCUCAGAUCAAAGAUGAGACAAAAGUCAUGCCUGAUGUAGCUCACUGUGUUCCUGACUUCUCUGGAGAUGUCAGCGUGAACAGAGCGGAGAUUGUCGAGGAGCCUGAAGUUAAACCUGAAACAGAGACGUUGCCUGUUUACACAGAAGAGCAAAAUGCACAACCAGGUGAGGUGAAGGAGGAAGAUGAUGUAAAGCCAGACCAGCAGCAGGACCCUGGAGCAGCCAGUGAGUGGGAAGAGGUCCAGCAGGCUUCACGUUACACAUCCCAUCAGGACAGCCAGGCACCUUACGGCCGCAAAAGACACCACGAUGACGCCCAUGGAUAUAGUUACUACGAGCAUCGAGAGGACAAGAGGUCCCGCUCACCUCAGCCUCCAGCUGAAGAAGAUGAGGAGGAUUUUGAUGACACACUGGUGGCCAUUGAUACCUAUAAUUGCGAUCUGCACUUCAAAGUUGCCCGAGACCGCUACAGUGGCUACCCUCUCACCAUUGAAGGCUUUGCUUACCUGUGGUCCGGCGCACGCGCCUCAUACGGUGUGAACAAGGGCCGUGUCUGCUAUGAGAUGAGGAUAACAGAAGAGAUCUCAGUCAAACAUCUUCCCAGCGGUGAGCCUGAUCCACAUGUAGUGAGAGUGGGCUGGUCUCUGGAUUCCUGCAGCACACAGCUUGGUGAAGAGCCUUUCUCUUAUGGAUAUGGUGGAACAGGAAAAAAAUCCUCCAACUGCAAAUUUGAAGAUUAUGGGCAGAAAUUUGGUGAAAAUGAUGUCAUUGGAUGCUAUAUUGACUUUGACAGUAGUCAUGAAGUGGAGAUUUCAUUCUCUAAGAAUGGGAAGUGGUUGGAUGUAGCAUUCCGGGUGAGAAAGGAGGAGCUGGCUGGUCGAGUGCUUUUCCCUCAUAUCCUGGUGAAGAACUGUGCUGUGGAGUUUAACUUUGGUCAGAAGGAGGAGCCUUUCUUCCCUUCACCAGAGGGAUACGUGUUCAUCCAGACUGUUGCAAUGGAGGACAGGACUAGAGGCACUGUGGGUCCUGCAACCAAGGCGGACUGUGAGAUCUUGAUGAUGGUUGGUCUGCCUGCAUGUGGCAAAACCACUUGGGCAGCCAAGCAUGCUGAGAUGAACCCUGAGAAGAAAUACAACAUACUCGGCACCAACGCCAUUAUGGAAAAGAUGAAGGUGAUGGGUCUGAGGCGUCAGAGGAAUUACGCAGGUCGCUGGGACGUUCUCAUUCAGCAAGCCACGCAGUGUCUGAACCGACUCAUCCAGAUCGCCGCCCGCAAGAAACGCAACUACAUUCUGGACCAGACAAAUGUAUAUGGAUCAGCCCAGAGACGAAAAAUGCGUCCCUUUGAAGGGUUUCAACGCAAGGCUAUUGUAAUUUGUCCCACGGACGAGGACUUAAAAGAGCGAACGUUAAAGCAAACUGAUGUGGAAGGGAAGGAUGUGCCCGAUCAUGCUGUUUUAGAAAUGAAAGCUAACUUUGUGCUGCCGGAGUCUGGAGAUUUCCUGGAUGAGGUGACCUUCGUUGAGCUGCAGAGAGACGAGGCAGAGAAGUUGGUGAAGCAGUACAACGAGGAGGGCCGGCGGGCUGCGCCUCCACCUGAAAAACGCUAUGAUAACCGGCAGACGGGUUACCGCGGCCAAAGCAGCAGCUUCCAGCGCUAUGACAACCGUGGAGGUCCACGAGGAGGCUAUCAGAACCGUGGCGGCUCUGGAGGAGGAUACAGACCAGGUUUUAAACGUGGAGGCUAUAACCAGAAUGGCUGGGGUGGGAAUUACAGAGACAACAGCUCAAGAGGUGGCUACAACCGUAACCAGAACUAUGGAGGAAGCUACAACAGCAACCACCAAGGUUCUUAUAAUAAGGAUGGAUACAGCCAGAGCUACAACCAAGGAUAUAACCAAGAUUACAACCAGAGCAACUAUAACCAAGGCAGCUACAACCAAGGAAGCUACAACUACGGUAAUUACAGCCAGUAUCCUGGAUAUGGACAAGGCUACAGUGAUAAUCAAGCCUCUGGGUACAACCAGCAACAGAGCUACAACCAGCAGUACCAGCAGUAUGCCCAGCAGUGGCAACAGUACUAUCAGAACCAGAGCCAGUGGAACCAGUACUACAGCCAGUAUGGCAACUACUCUGGGCAACAGGGCAACAGCCAGGGCCAGUGAAGUGUGUGUCAUCCAGAUACCUUCUUGUAAUUCAUGUAAUCCUUCUUGCAUCUGCACGUGUCAUCACACACCCUAUUUUUUCAUGACCUUAUCCCUUUAUAUCCAGUCUUCUCCAACCAUUCUAGCAGGGUGUAUGCUGCAUUUGGGAUUCUUUUGUAGUUGGUUUGAGAAUUGCAGAUGAUCCUGUUGAGUCAGAGAACCUUUAUAUUAUAAUUUAGCUUGUAAGUGACUUACAAGUGACGCAGAAUCCAAUUUAAAAUUACAGCUGAGCUGGUGAGGGUUAAGGGUUUUGGGUGGCUUUUUGGCAGUCGAGAAAUCUUAACCUUACAGUAAUUAGAGGUUGCACAUAAGGACAAACACCAUAUUGCAAUUACAGAUUGCAGUUGCAGUAUACCUAGCAAUAUAUUACAUAUUCGAGGAUAUGUGAAGGUUAAAGAUGGACUUGUAUUAAUUUGACGCGUUUUUUAGGAUCCUGCCAAUCACUCUAAAAAAAUAUAUAUAUAUAUAUAUCCAGACCCUCUUUAAUCAGCUCACAUAUCUAAAAAGAGUACGUUUGUGUGGCUUCUUUAACGUUAUUAUUGUGAUAACAAUGAAUAAAUUAUAUAUUGUGCAGCUCUAACCACUGAGCGACCACUGCCCUCCUGAAAGAAGUGUGCUUGUGUAAUUAGUUUGAAUUGUAUAUUAUGAAUAUAAGAUGAGCUCUUUUAAUUUCUAUUUAGCUAAUUUUAUCAUCACUUUGCAUCAUGCAUUGCUUGUUUCUGUUAAUACAAAAAAAGUAUGGUUUAAUGUUAAAGGAAAAACCCACCCUGAACUACUUAUUAAUCUUUAUAAUCAAACGGUUUAAACUGGUCCUUUUUCACUUGGGUUAACGGUUUCCUACGUUACCCACAAUGCCCUUCGACAACCUGCUGAUAGUGAUGCCUGUGGGAUAAAGAGAAGGAUAAAUAGCGUGAUGCAGCAGCACUUUAAUCCUUCAGUCUGUCCAGCUCUCUCACAUCGUCAUCUGUGCACUCUGCUCAACUUUCAUUCUAAUACCUCCAUCAGCACCAUCAUGUUUGUCAUCUCGUAGCUCACUAACAAUUGUGUUAUUGCUGCCUACACUAGUUCUGCGUUGGAUUUCUCGUUAAUGUGAUGUUGCAUGUUGCGUGAAAACGGUGAGGAAAGAAGCGCAAAAUAUCAGUAUUAUCAUUUAUGUUUGAGUUCACUGAAAUUUGUUCUCCUAUUAAACACCAUUGUAACUGCACUAGCAACGUCCACCUGUGACAUCAGCAUGGCUCGCAACUGCCAUCUUCUCACACGAAUAACAAAAAUACAGCACCAACAAUAAAUUAGCAUGAGAAUCACAAAUCUGUUAAUAUAAAAAUGUUUAAUGUGUUUCAGGGUGGAGUUUUCCUUUAAGGACAGUGGAAUGUCGAUUUAGCACAGCUACAUACAUUGUAAAUGAUUAUGGUUCAUAAAUGGCAUAACCGAAAGCAUGUGGUCUGUGAUGUGAUUUUUGUUACCGUUUGUCAUGAAUUGUGUAAAAUGGAAAGUUUUUUUCCCUUGUAAAAUUGACUUUUGAGAUUUUAAUACAGUGAUUGAAAAGAUUUUAAGAAUGUUGAUAACGCUGAUCCUGAGUAAUUUUUCAUUGUGUCUCAUUGUGCAGUUUUCUUUUUCAUGUUUUGAAAAUAAAUUCACAUAACACC